AUGCCAGCAAACGAGUGGAGAUACAACAAUGACUAUCCAAGUGAGCUUUCAUUUCAUGAGUCAAUCGAUCAACAACAGUUAUGAGUAAUUUUAAUUUUCCUGCAGAAAGAAAAAAAACUUCAAGUUCAUCAAGAAAUUUCAUGAGCCUUAGAUUUUUGAUCACACUGAGAUGAACUUCAAGAAGCAUUAUGCAAACAAGUUUGGGAAUAAAAGUUAGAUCAUAUCCUUGUUAGAAGAGUUCUCUCUUAAGUUAUAAGUUUUAUGCUCAUUUUUUUUUACUGUCUCUAUAUUUGCCUUAGUUCAUGGAAAAACCAAAAAACUUUCAGACGUCAGGACGGGCAAGAGCAUGAGAACGGAAAGAGGGUCGAGGGUCUCGCACUUUGAAACCAGUGAGUUGCAUUUAAAAACUUGUAGUAUCGUACCUUGGAACAACAGUUUUCAAAGUGACUUUCAUUUCAGAUGAACAUAGGAGAAAUUCCCGAAACGGGAGAAAAAGCGUCGAAAGAGACGACUUCUAUGAGCCCAGUAAGUUUCGAAUUUAUAAGUUUAUCAAUCAAGUCAGAGAGCUGGCGGAUCCUAUUAGAUUAUUUAGAGAUCAAUGACUCAUGACGGGAAUUACAAUGUGAAAAUCAAACAAAAAUGAUUAUUUGGGGGCAAAAACAGAGGAAAAAAUUUUAAAGAAAAAUUAAAAACUCAAGUAUCAAUAUGAGACUUUUGAUUUUUCAAGCAACGGGAACCUAAACGCAUCUGUCUUAUUCUCCGAUAAAUUAUUUUUUGAAAUGUCUUUCGAUCUGACGCGAUAGAAAAAAGAGACUUUCGGUUUGACUGCUUUGAAAAGGUUUUUUUAGCAAAAAUAUCCGACUUUUGAGCUUUGCAGUUUUUUUGAUUUUUUCCUUAGGCGAUUACAAAAACUGAACUUUAAAUUUUUUUGAGCAAAAGUAGCUGAAAAACCAUAGUGAAAAAUUCAAGAUAAAAAAAAUGGAUUUUUCAGGUGUCUUCGACAACAUUGGCUACUUUGACUACCGCCUGCUUCCGGAAACCCCAAAAAUUCAAAUAACGAUCCCUUCCGAGGAGGAGAACCAGGACAGCUUCAAUCCGAACACGCACGUGGCUAAAAAGCUUGAUGCAGAUUCUUCCCACGUUCAGGACCACGCUCAGUUUUUAAGCGAAAAUGUCAGCUUCCCUCCUUUGAACGAGAGCUACUCGGAUCCUCACAAGGAGAAAUUCAACGCCGCUUAUGAAGAACUUUCCAAAAAAAGCAACGAAAUCAAGGGAAAACUUGAUCGCCUUCACUUGGACACACCUUCUUUUCUAUCAGAUCAAAAGAAAACUCUUCUGAAUCCACCGACGUCCACUCUCACUUCACGCGGCAACUCCAACAAGUUGGAUGCUUUUUUCGAGAUUUCGUCUUCUGCUGACGCCCAGAACUUAUCUACCUGUCCUGACUUUGAAAAGGAAAGGCAUGAGCCUCUUUCACCCCGACGUUUCUCCGAAGCUCGAAACAAUGAGCCGCUCUUCAAAAUGGAUUUUUCGCGCGCUUCUAACGGCAAGAACGAUUUGUCGCCCAAUCUUCCAGUCGACGCUGACAAGAACCUUGUGGAGACUCCUUUCGAAAAUCUGGAGGUCGUAAAUCAACGAGUUAUUUCAACUCUUCAGUUUAUCGAGCGUGCUCACAAAAAACAAGAGAACCUUGAACGAAUUAUGUUGUCGCAGAACCGGACGGAGCAACUGGAUGCUGGUCAGCCUCGUCCACGCGGGUUUUCGAAUCUCUUUCACGGCUAUCCGGCCGAACUACGCUACAAGCGCCCGGAAAGUCCGAAUUCUGAAAGUCAUCGAGGGCCUGCCAAAGAUAAUUGUCGCAACGAGAUUCCAAAUCUGAUGAGCUCUCAGCACAGGGUACGAUUUUUUAUUUCGAGAGUGGCUCAAUCGCAUACUGAAUAAUGUUUCAAAAAAGUCGUUGUUGCGCCUGAUUUCGAGUGAAAAAGAGAUGAAAUCAGGUUUACGUUUUUUUUAACUCAUUUUAAAAACUGCGCCAGACUUGAAGCGGCUUUUCCUGUAUGCUGGUGAUGAUAUCCGUCGUCGGACAAAUUUAAUUGUAAAAUCGUUUGAUAACCGCAGUAAUAAAUUUGUAACUGCGACGUUUUGAGGCACUCUUUUCGACUUAAAAAGCCUUUGAAAGUGUCAUACCUUAAAAAAAUGAGAAAAACUUCUUAUUUAUAUUUUUUUUGCGACCUGAAAGGUGAGAGAUUGCCAAAAAGUGAUGCGUUUUUUUGGCGAGAAAUUCCAGUUGAAACACAAGCUCUCAUGUUUUCUCCUUUUUUUCGAUAGUUUUUUUAAUAAUUUUUUUAAUUUUUUUAAACGUUUUUGAAAAAAACAGGUUUAACGAGUCAAAGUAUAAAAAAAUGAUCAAAGGCUUAGUUUUUUUCUGCAAUUUUUCGUGUUCGGCCUCGAGGUUUCCGCCAAAGUUGGGCCGCGUACGCAACGCUUUACUUUUUCAAAUUGCGAAAAAAAUAAGUAUGAAAAAAAUAAUAAUCCAUGACCUUUAAAAAUAACAUAUUCGAUCGUCAGAUUCCGACCAUCAGCUUUAUUUUUGACGCAAAGCAGCGAAAAAUUUUUCAAUUCAACGACAGGGAAUCUCAACAAGGGCCGUUUCUCAUCCGUCGAAGAAGAAUCCUUGGUAA